CCCAUCCUUCUUAGAAUCCGGCAGCAGACUGAAAAUGUUAUUGAUUCCCAUUCGUGUUGCAGUAUUGGUUGGAGGCUGCCAUUAUAUUCUGGCGUAUCUUGCAAUACGAGAGAGAUGUAGACGAGCUCUGGCUGUGUUUUUCGUAAAGCUUGCUGCUUUUUUUUCUCGUUUUAUCUUCAAUUAUUGAGCUUCCAUCAUUCUAGCUGUUACCUCGUUGGUAAUAAGUGAGUGAUAUAAAAUGUCUUCGUUGACAAGAUCUUCCUUUCGAGAAAGUGGUGCAACUAUAGGUUCAGAUAGUGACCGCAGAACUGUGAUCGUCGAACGGCUCAAUGGAUCUUUUGGCUUCACUUUACAGAGUUAUGGCAUCCAAUAUCGUGAAGAGUCUGAUGUAGAAAUUGUCACCUACGUCGACUUCGUGGAUCCUAAUGGACAUGCUAAUAAAGCUGGCCUUCGUUCAGGGGACGUCAUUGUAUCGAUUAAUGGCCAAGAUGUGGAGCGUGCGGACCAUGCAACCUUAGUUUCGAUUAUCCAGUCGUGUCCCGAUCGUAUACGGAUGGUCGUCGUGUACGAAAAUUGUGUCCGUAAGGUGGAAUUGCACAUGAAGUACAUCCGGCUGACGCAGAUGUUGGAGGCCAAGGCUCGCGACUACCAGGAAGUCUGCGCCAAAGAGAAAGCUGUUGUAUCCCGUUUGGAUAAAAACCGAGGGCCAGGAACGUACCACACGAUUCAGAAUCCGUCUCGUGUAGUGAUCCGUCGCCAUCCCACUAAUUCACCGCCAUCUAUUACUCCCGGAUCUUAUUCCAGCAAAUCACUACCCCGCCCUCAGAAUCCGACUGAAGCAGCUCGGAGGAGUCCAUCGGCUGGCGGAUCUUCAUUUCACACGGAUGCACAAUGCAGCCAAGGCAGCAGUAGAGGGCUGUCGUAUUUGUGUAUUGGCCGUGCAUCUGAUUGUGACUGUUGCUUCCGGCCAGAAGGAUAUAGGAUCUCUACGUCAGCGUCUGAACCUCGCCGUUCCAAGCAGCAAAACCAACAGCGUCCGCGUAGCGUUCAUUUAUCCUGUUACAAGGAGACCAGUGCUCCUUCACCAGAUGAACACUACUUGAUCCGUCCGUCAGAUCGAGGUGGUGGUAAUUGCAAGGCUUAUGGUGGUUACGGGUUCGGGUACGAAUACUCAACGGUCAGAAAUCAGCAUCCCCAUAACCCAACGUCUUGUAUGAACAGGCCGGUGGAUCCCCAGUAUUACGGCCUGUAUCCCCAGCCGCCAAUCCCUCCACACAAGUCAGCUGACGAUCUUCUUUUGGCUGCCCAAUUCCAGAAUCAGUGUCAUUUCAACAAUUUCACACAUAGUCAGCAUCCCCAGUUUCAGGUUCCUUGCCAUCCUGUUAGCCGUGGUCCACAUCAGGGGAAGCCGCAACAAUCGCAUGCAUUAGAUUCCAUUGCAUUUUACACCCGUCCGCCUCAACCUACGGUGUCUCGUUCAGCAGCGAGAGUGGUGUCGCAACCCCACCAACCUUCACAAUCUCAUUAUCGUCCGUUUUAUCAGCCACAAGCCGAACGUCAAUUAAGCAGCCCGGGAAACGACGACGAGGGUGGCUUUAACGAGGCUCGGCGCUUCCGUACGUUACCGGCUGUUAAUGCUAAAAGAGGCCCUGAUAACCGUUAGGAUUGUAUAUUUUUCAUUUUCGAUAAUGUGUUAUAUACCUGUCUUCUCUACGUGAUUUAAGAGAUUUGUUAAUUGGUUUUGUAUUAACGACAUUUCAGUAUAAUAAAGAAAAAAGAAAUUUUCCAACAUUAAAA